AUUUUCUGCUCUUUGUGUGGGGUGGAUUAGCACUGGGGCUGGUACUGAGCGAAACUAGAGCAUCAAUCGGCACAGAAAACGGAGGAGCAGGAACAGAAUCGCAAACCCAGGAAUCGUCGGCUUGCCGUCGCAGACCGCGACACCGCCCGCCCGCUCGCCCGCCUGUUCGUCGGCCAGACGGACAUGCAAUUUUCAGACCUAGGUGUUGUUUGAGUGACGCCUUGUUACCAUGACAACUCACGUGACGUUGGAGGAUGCUCUGUCCAACGUGGACCUGCUGGAGGAGCUGCCUCUGCCGGACCAGCAGCCAUGCAUCGAGCCGCCCCCCUCCUCCAUCAUGUACCAGGCUAACUUUGACACCAACUUUGAAGACAGGAAUGCCUUUGUGACCGGCAUAGCCCGUUACAUAGAGCAAGCCACAGUCCACUCCAGCAUGAAUGAGAUGCUGGAGGAAGGGCAUGAAUAUGCGGUGAUGCUUUACACCUGGAGAAGCUGCUCCAGAGCCAUUCCUCAGGUGAAAUGCAACGAGCAGCCCAACAGAGUGGAGAUCUAUGAGAAAACGGUGGAGGUGCUGGAGCCUGAAGUGACCAAACUCAUGAAGUUCAUGUACUUCCAGCGGAAAGCCAUAGAGCGCUUCUGCAGCGAGGUGAAGCGUCUGUGCCACGCUGAGCGGAGGAAAGACUUCGUGUCAGAGGCCUACCUGCUCACGCUGGGGAAAUUUAUCAACAUGUUUGCGGUGCUGGACGAACUCAAGAACAUGAAGUGUAGCGUGAAGAAUGAUCACUCUGCCUACAAACGGGCAGCUCAGUUCUUGAGGAAGAUGGCCGACCCUCAGUCCAUCCAGGAGUCCCAGAAUCUCUCCAUGUUUUUAGCCAACCACAACAGGAUCACUCAGUGCCUGCACCAACAGCUGGAGGUGAUUCCAGGUUACGAGGAGCUUCUGGCCGACAUCGUCAACAUCUGCGUGGACUAUUACGAAAACAAAAUGUAUUUGACGCCCAGUGAGAAACACAUGCUGCUAAAGGUUAUGGGUUUUGGCCUCUACCUGAUGGACGGGAAUGUCAGUAAUAUCUACAAACUAGACGCCAAAAAGAGGAUCAACCUGAGCAAGAUCGACAAGUUCUUCAAACUUCAAGUCGUGCCUCUAUUUGGAGACAUGCAGAUCGAGUUGUCACGCUACAUAGAGACGAGCGCUCACUACGAAGAAAACAAGUCCAGGUGGACGUGCACCCAGAGCAGCAUCUCGCCGCAGUACAACCUGUGCGAGCAGAUGGUGCAGAUCAGGGACGACCACAUCCGCUUCAUCUCGGAGCUCGCGCGCUACAGCAACAGCGAGGUGGUGACGGGCUCGGGCCUGGACAGCCAGAAGUCGGACGAGGAGUACAGGGAGCUGUUCGACCUGGCUCUGAGGGGCCUGCAGCUGCUGUCCAAGUGGAGCACGCACGUCAUGGAAGUCUACUCCUGGAAGCUGGUGCACCCCACAGACAAGUUCUGCAACAAGGACUGUCCUGGCACGGCGGAGGAGUACGAGCGAGCCACACGCUACAAUUACACCAGUGAGGAGAAGUUUGCCCUGGUUGAGGUUAUUGCCAUGAUCAAAGGGCUGCAGGUUCUGAUGGGUCGCAUGGAGUCCGUCUUCAAUCAGGCCAUCAGGAACACGAUCUACGCGGCGCUGCAGGACUUCGCUCAGGUUACCCUCCGGGAGCCGCUGCGCCAAGCCGUACGCAAGAAGAAGAAUGUUCUCAUCAGUGUCCUGCAGGCCAUUCGAAAGACUGUCUGUGACUGGGAGGGAGGAAGAGAGCCGCCAAACGACCCCUGCCUGAGGGGAGAGAAAGACCCGAAGGGUGGGUUUGACAUCAAGGUGCCUCGUCGAGCAGUGGGACCCUCCAGUACACAGCUCUACAUGGUACGCACCAUGCUGGAGUCAUUAAUAGCUGACAAGAGUGGAUCUAAGAAAACUCUUCGCAGCAGCCUUGAUGGACCCAUAGUGGUGGCCAUAGAGGACUUCCACAAGCAUUCCUUCUUCUUCACACACCUGCUUAACUUCAGUGAGGCCCUGCAGCAGUGCUGUGACCUGUCCCAGCUGUGGUUCAGGGAGUUCUUCCUGGAGCUCACCAUGGGCCGCAGAAUCCAGUUCCCCAUCGAGAUGUCCAUGCCCUGGAUCCUAACCGACCACAUCCUGGAGACCAAGGAGCCCUCCAUGAUGGAAUACGUUCUGUAUCCUCUAGACUUGUACAACGACAGUGGCUAUUACGCUCUGACCAAGUUCAAGAAGCAGUUCCUGUACGACGAAAUCGAAGCCGAGGUAAACCUCUGCUUUGAUCAGUUUGUGUACAAGUUGGCAGACCAGAUAUUUGCCUACUACAAAGCAAUGGCCGGAAGUGUCCUCCUAGACAAGCGCUUCAGAGCGGAGUGUAAAAACUACGGCGUCAUCAUUCCGUACCCGCCGUCGAACCGCUACGAGACACUGCUCAAGCAGAGACACGUACAGCUUUUGGGCCGAUCAAUUGAUCUGAACCGCCUGAUCACCCAGAGGAUCUCAGCCGCCAUGUACAAGUCGUUAGACCAUGCCAUCAGCCGCUUUGAGAGUGAGGACCUCACGUCCAUAGUGGAGUUGGAAUGGCUGCUGGAGAUCAACAGGCUGACCCACCGGCUGCUGUCCAAGCACAUGACCCUGGACAGCUUCGACGCCAUGUUCCGCGAGGCCAACCACAACGUUUCGGCCCCCUAUGGACGAAUCACGCUCCACGUCUUCUGGGAGCUCAACUUUGAUUUCCUCCCGAACUACUGCUACAACGGAUCCACGAAUCGCUUUGUACGCACAGCUAUUCCCUUCACCCAGGAGCCUCAAAGAGACAAACCAGCCAAUGUGCAGCCUUAUUACCUGUAUGGGUCCAAGCCUCUGAACAUUGCCUACUCCCACAUAUACAGCUCCUACAGAAACUUUGUCGGCCCGCCUCAUUUUAAGACCAUCUGCCGCCUCCUCGGUUACCAAGGCAUCGCUGUAGUGAUGGAGGAGCUACUCAAGAUUGUCAAAAGCCUGUUACAGGGCACCAUUCUGCAGUAUGUAAAAACUUUGAUAGAAGUCAUGCCCAAGAUCUGCCGUCUGCCACGCCAUGAGUAUGGCUCCCCAGGCAUCCUGGAGUUCUUCCACCACCAGCUCAAGGACAUCAUUGAAUACGCCGAGCUGAAGACGGAUGUCUUCCAGAGCUUAAGGGAGGUCGGAAACGCCAUCCUCUUCUGCCUGCUCAUCGAGCAAGCUCUGGUGGUAAGGAUUUAGAUUUUGUUGAUAUUAAAAUAACACAGAGACCAUUUUUGUUUAAUUUAUUAAUCACUUAUUAUUUUUUUUAACAUAUUAAUUAAUUUGAUUCAUUUUAUUGCACAUAUAACUUCAUUUCCAAUCAGCCAUGGAAAAAAAAGGACUGAGAUUUUCAUAAUCUACAACAAAGUGAAAAUGUUUAGGGCAUGCAUCAUGACCUUGUUUGUCCUUGUAAACGGGCUUAUAAUCACAAGGCUUAAAAUCUCAAUGUCUUUGUCUUCCAUGGAGGAGGUGACUCCAUUCUUCUGGUUGGUUGUUUCUUCUUGUGUUUUAAUUCUUUGGUUUUUGAGUCCUUUCAUGCCUUGUUACUCAUGUUUUUCUCAGUAUGAUUUCACCCCUUCUGUGUGACCGCACUGACUCGGUGUGUGUGUGUGUGUGUGUCUUGCUUUGGAUGGUAUCUGAGUGAGUUGGUUUGUUUGUGUGGGUGUCUGAUUUUCAUCGUUGCAUGACUCUCUUCUCAUCCACUACAAGAUGUCACUUUGUCGCAUUUAGUUUAAUUGCCGUCACUAACAGUCACCUUCACUUUAGUGUUGUCUUGCGUAUUGUUGUAACCUCACAUUGAGUAUUCCGAUAAAUCAUUGUAUAUUCAUUUAGUGGUUAAAAAUUACAGCUUUUUAGGGUGUUUUCGGUAGACUCUGUUUGACUGAGGAACAAAAUUGCAAACAGCUGUUACAUUUUUUUCAGCUGGUGCGGUUCGGUUUCACACUGCACCAUGUCAAACGAGCUGAACCAAUUGAAAAACCUGUUCACCCUCUCGCCUGUAGUGGCGCUGCCCCAAGAACCACUGGAAGAAAAACAGCAACAUAAAAACCUCUGUGCAAGACACUGAGCACAACACCAAAAAUAAUUAUUUUUACAAAAUGACCUGUGUCACAAAUAUUGGCACCCCUGCUAUCGAAUGUGUACAAAUCUACUUUUGCCAACAAGGCAGUACUUAGGAUGUUAAGUCCAGUUGAAUCAAACUCCAGUUUGUUUGCCUGGAAAGCCCGGCUGGUUUGGGGAUUUGUGACUGAGUAAUCAAACUCUGAUGCAGACCAGAAAAGCAAACUCUGGUCUGCCUACAAACCUUGGUCUCGGCUUGGUUGAAGUGACCUCUGGAACUGGAAACUAACAUAAGCAGAAAGUGGACAAUAGCACAGGGUAUUAUGGGCAAAUAUAACCAAAAUAAACGCAAGAGUCUGGCGCUAGCAGAAAUCAUAGGUUGUGAUCUUUUCCUAAAGACUACAAAGAAAUCCUAAAAACUCUAAAAUAUGACGCCACUACAUUUUUGUUACCAUCUUGUGAAGAGGGAAGUGUCAUGUCUUCUUUAGAGGUUUACGUGUCGUUUUUCAGUAGUUCUUGUAGCGCUACCACAGGCGAGAUGGAGAAAAGGUAGAAAGCGAAUUGCACCAAAUGUAAGUAUAAUAUGUGUUUCAAUGUUGGACCCCAAUCAAAGCGAGUCUGCCCGAUUACCGGGUAUGAAAACACCCGUAGUCUCUUAUGGCCUUUCACAAGGAUAAAAGUAGAGAAAAGCAAUUUGGAUUUGCAAUACUAUCUGCAUGUUUUCAAUAAGUGACAAUAAAAAGUAUUUUAAGAAAAUAAUCAGUCAUUUUGGCAUUACAUCUAUCACUACAUAGAGAUACAAACUCAUAAUUCUCUAAAAAGAAAGCAUACACAUUAUCAAAUAACCUGACUGCAGUUGUACAUGAGUUAUUGGGGGGAAAAAAAACGUCCACAUGUAGUAUAUGUUAAUAAUUUAGUUAAACUAAAAUACAUUUUAAAAACGUUGGCUGUCUGGAUCCAGGGUAAGGCUGUCAGAGAAGCAAAGUGAGUUUAAUUUGUGGCUUAAAAUUUCCUAUUACAUUU